AUGAAUAUUCCUUUUGAAGAAUCAAUAAUUCCUGAAAAAUUAUUAACAUUACGUGAAAUAGAAAACAUUGUAUUCAAUCCUUACGAUGAAAACAUAUCAAAAUACGAAGAGAUUAUUAAGAAUUUAGAUCAAUCUUACUUAAGAAUUCUACACAGAAUGAUAAUCAAAUCAGCAGAAGUAAAUAGACGUCAUUAUAAAACACUAGGAAACUUUUGGGCAAUGCUUCCAAGUCCACAUUUCAACGUUGAAAAUACAUAUUUUACAAAUUAUCUCUUAAAAAGGAAUAUCGCUAAAGAUAACUUCUUUUAUAAGCUUCCGAAAGACUUUCCUGAUACCGAAGUUGUAGAAUCUAUAUUUCCAGAAAAUUCAUUAGGAUAUUUCGUUAUAAAUGAUGAUUUAUCAAAUGUUUGCGCAGAAGUUACCUUAGAAGAUCCAAGCAAUCUAACUUUUUCCCUUGAUGGACAUUCAUACAGUCUUUUUUCAUUGGCUUGUUUAUUUGGUUCUUCUCAAGUAGUACAAUGGUGCAAAGUCAAUUCAUUAACUAUUAAUACUGAUGUUAUGAGAGCUGCAAUUAAAGGAAGAAAUCUUGAAAUCGCACAAAUUGUAUUUGAAGAAAGUAAUUUAGCUGAAACUUUCAUUGAUGUCGCAAUUAUGUUUCAUAAUGAUGAAUUUGCUCAAUGGAUUUUAGAAGAUAAUGAAGUCCAAUACAAUUUAAUCCGUGCAAUCGAAGAAUUUAAUACUCUUGCAGUUGCUUAUGCAAUAUUAAGUAAUUAUGAUGUAAAUAUACAAUCUCCUGAAGGAGAUUUUCCUUUAAAUUGGGCUGUUUAUUAUGGAGAAAGACCAUUGAUUGAAUAUUUACUUGAUAAUGGAGCAAAUACUGAAUUGCAUAAUGAUUCACAAACAAAUCCAUUGAUUCUAGCAGCAAAUCAAGGUUAUGCAGAUAUUGUUAAACUUCUUAUUGAAAGAGGAGCAAAUAUAGAAUAUUUUGGUGAAUCACAUCGAACGCCAAUCUUUUUCGCUGUUGCAAAUAAUCAUGCGGAUAUUGUUAAUUAUCUGAUAGAAAAAGGUGCAAGUCUUGAUGUGAUUACUGAAGAUAAUUUAGAUGUUGUUUUUGUUGCUUGUUUUAAUGGAAGUUUUGAUUGUUUAAAGAUUCUUUUACAACAUGGAAAGAAACUUACGAAAGAUGAUUUUAUUGGUGCUUGCUGUAGUCCAAACAUGGAAUUGAUUGAAUUUGUCUUUAAAGAAACAAAAGAAGUGAAUUAUACAGGAAUAUUCGGAUAUUCACCUCUUUUAGCUGCCAUAGAAAACAACAGAAUUAAUGUUGUCAAACAUUUGCUUGAAAUUGGUGCUGAUCCUCAUCUUCCUUCUGAUUCCGGCACAUUGCCAUUAAAUGCAUGUAUUACUCAUGAAAUGAAGGAGCUUGUACGUUCUUAUUUGAAAUGA